UCUACUUGCCCAUGAUGUCUGACAUAAGGUCUCCAGUCAGCGAGGGUGGCCGUAACAUCCGACCUCUGUCUAAUAAGCCUAAGACCAAAGAGAAGAGAUCCUCCAGCAAGAGAGGGUCUACUAUGAAGAACUUCAACAAGCAGCCUAAUUCUCUGAAUCAAGCAGGCGCCAGGCAGCGUUCUUAUGACAGAAGAAUAAAGAAGACCAAGACUAUUGAAAAAUAGAGACGACAAGUUCAAUACAAGUAAGAUGGAUGAUAAGAAAUCCAACAGGCUUAACUCCCACAUGAUAAUCCACGAAAGUAGUGAAAUCAAUUUUGGUAAAGAGAAAGAUGUGAAAUUCCCAGGACUCACAAGUGAAAAUUCCAACUUCAAUGUGGAAAAAGAUAAAACUUGUAAAAAGAAAUCUAAGCAGAAUAAGUUAAAAUAGCUUAAUUUCUCCUACCCUUUCAGUUGUGCCAUCAAGAACCGCUCUAGACUCCUUCAAGGCGAUUCAAAAGAGAAGGAAAGGAGAUGAGCUAGAUUGGAAGCAUAAAUGUAUUGCUUCCAAAAAUAACUUGGAUAGCUUGUUCUCCCUGCUUUCCAACAACCUUAAAACAGAAAGUAAGCUAGAGUCCAAAGCCUUAGCUCCAUUUAUAAACAACAAUGAAGGAAGAACAUCAGCCCUCAGCGCCUCUGCUGGAGUCAAAGAAUACAGCACUGAGAAGGAUGUUAAGAAGUCCCAGAUCCUUGAUUCCAUACGAAUGACUCCAGAUGCUCAUCUUCAGACUCUUUCAGCAGAUACUAGCUCUCAAGACGUAAAAAUUUAGAGGGGAUCAACUGCAGUUCAAACUCUUGACUAAAUCUGAACUUGCUAUUCUUCACAAAUAAAGCAAUUGAUAAGUUGAAUACUCGUUACAAAGCCGAAAUAAUGGCUGAAAAAGAGAGACUGGAAGACCUGAUCCAAUCUCGACUUACCAGAAUCCGUGAAUAUAUUAACAAAUUAAGGCAUAAUUUCAAGACAAAAAUCUCCUCAUAUAGGAAAAAUUGUAUUUUAGAAAUAAAUUUCAUUGAUUACUACUCCUAUCAGCUAAACUAUCAGAACAUAAUCUCUGUUCUCCGAAUAUGGGUGUUUACUAUAUUAGGAGAGAUUAAGAAAUAACUCCGAAAUGACUAGAAGGAAAAUUGAACGGGAAAAGAACGCUAUCGCAACCUUACAUAACACUGCAGUUGUAGAGCACCACCAUCCUCCUCUGAUAGUUGAGCAUAUAAAUGACAUUAUCCAGAGAAUACAGUUUAUCAACUCCAUGAAUUCUUCAGUCAGGCCAUCUUCAGCAAUGCCAACUCCUUUCUUAGCCCAGACUCUUAAGAAGGGACAUAAAAGUGCGAUAAAGAAAGCAAAUAUUUUGUUUGAGGAAUUCUCUAAGCAGGACUCUGCAACCAAGGAUAUCUCUAACCCUGAGAUCAAAACAAAGCUUCAGAAUUGCUUAAUGUUCAUGAAGAUAGAAUACUUCAGUAAUAGUUCUUCCGAUCCAGAAUCUGUCUUCAAGACAUACUCUCUUGAAGAUUUUCAAAAUGAGGUAAAAGAGGAGAACCUCAGCGUGCAUGAAGGUAACAAGCACACCUCUAAAGGAAUUGAUGGCUACUUCUGUUACAGGUCCUUUCUCAUGCAUAUCUAUCAUAUGAUCAUAAACCGCCUUGUACGGACAGCCCAUUUAUCAAACAUAUCUUCGUCCAAGAAAGGAAAAGACUCAAAGACUCUGCCUCCAGGCUACGUCAGUCAGAUAAUCACAAAAUCACUUGAAAAUAUCGACAGCACGCACAAGAAUGGUGUAAAGUCGAUUCAUAUUCACAAAGGCAUGCUUCAUCAAGAGCUCUUGCGAUUGUUAAGCCUCAUUAAGGAGAGCAAGGACAUUGUAUUCGGCACCAAGAACAUAUUCCCAAAAAUCCAUAUCCUCACUGAGUAUGAAGAGACUAAAGAAGGAGAACCAGCAGAUGAAUAUGAGGAACCCUUCGAAGAGGAAUCCAAACUUUCCAUCAAGCUAGAUACAUCUCGAACCGAAAGGCCCAAAAAGAGUGUCAUAACUAGGAAAUUCUAUGUUAAUUUCACUGACAUUGAAGAAAAUUCUGAAGUCAGCAAGCUACAAUCCAUCAAUGAUAGCCUUUGUGAAUGGCCUACAUGUGUUAAAAACAAGUAUUAUGGCCGAAAAGAACUAAAAGUUUCUCAAUCUGAAUCUAAAAUUGGGAAAUCUAAAGGAAAAUCAAUCAAAAACUCUAAGAAUAACAAAGCUGUGGUAUCUAAGAAGGCUCCCACAGUUUUUAAGAAAUUGAUGAGCCCAUAUUACCUAGAUAAAGACUUCAACAAUGAUGCUAAAGCAAGCAAAAAUCUAGAGCAAAGCUUAUGAAUCUACCAUGGAGAUGUCUACUUUGACAAGUCAAAUUCAAACAGGAAUAUUCAUGUUUCCCUUGGAAAGAAAACUUUAAUAUACGAUUGCUUGGAAAGCUGGAACAGUGAAGAUCUUAACUCAAGUAUCAUUGAAAAAGAAAGCAAUGAUGGGACAAAUUCCUUACCAACAAAGAGUGGAAAAUUUAAAUCAUACAAGCACCAACUCAAAGGAACGAUGCUGUUCACUAUGAUCAACAAACACUUCGAGAAUGCUAUCAAGAAGGUGGUAAACAAGGGAAUAGCUUUGCAUAAAUGCAAGGAGUUCAAUUAUAGCGUCCUUGAAUCCUUCUUUGAACGGGAGAAGAAGAUCCACCUCACAGCAACUGAGAAUAAGUUCCAAAAGACCUUAACCAUCGAUGCUUACAAAGACAUGUCAAAGGUCAAUAACAUUGUUAACACAUGGCGGAAGUCUAAACUAAACUAUCAAAAUGAAUUACGGCUACGUCUAGAAACAGAAAAAGAGGCCUUUUCCAUCAUCAAAAAUGCAGCUAUGAUCAACCUGAAUAAGUCAGCUCUUAAAGAUCUUUACCAUAUGUGCACUGAACUUCUCAACAGAAAUAGUAUUGGAGAGAAGAAUGAGAUUAUUCAGAUAAUCAUGAAUUUCACCAAUAUGAGCCAGAACAACAUAAUUCAUCGACCCAGUAGCGGAAAUACAAACUCUAUAAAUACAACAACAGCUAGGAUUAAGAAGAAUUUUAGUUUCUCAAAGAAACACGAAGAUAGACCAAUUAUUACUCCUAAGGAUAAGACUCCAUCAAUCAACAAUAGUAUGCAGAGAGAGUCUAGGAUGAGCGGCUCAGACAUAAAUACAGAGGUGCUGCUGGACUACCCUACUUCUGUAUCUGCUCAGAGCACGAACAAAGUGAAGCACAAGAGGUCUAUCCAAGCAGAAAGAAUUAUGGGCAACCCUAGCAGUUCUAAUGGAUUCAAACUCUCUCAAUAUACGAAUUCCAGCACUAAGACCGAUAAGUUCAAUGAUAUUUAUGGUGUUAAGAGCAAUAAGGCUAAAAGAACCGCUGUAAACAAGAAAUCAGCUUCAAUGAAGAUCGGAGACGGCCGAAUUGAUUCCUCAAAGACCAAUGAAGUCUCACUUCCAUAUAUUCAAAAGAGCCAGAAUUCUUCCGGUCAGGCUCACUCGGUAGUUAACUCGCAUGAUCUAAAAUGGAGUCCCUCUAAAAGGAAAGAUAAAGUACCUAUAACAGGAAGUUUGCCUAAAAAGCCAAAACAGCUAGGUGGGAGCUCCAAGCAGAGUCAUAAAUUUGUAGCAAUAUACUCAAACUCAAACCAAUGAAAGCCCAAAUAAAUAUAAAUUUAAUAAGUCUCAAUUCUUUG